CAUCUCCCAUAUAUAGACUGUCAAUAAUACGCGAAGAGAUCGGCGCCGACAGCCUAUUGAUGGUCGACGCGAACCAGAGGUGGGACGUCGACGAAGCGAUCGCAUGGAUGAAACAGUUGACUGACUUCGGCCUCCUCUGGAUAGAGGAGCCCACCUCUCCGGACGACGUGUUAGGACACGCGCGCAUCGCACAGGCACUGAAACCGUACGGCAUAGGAGUGGCGACCGGCGAGCAGUGCCAGAAUCGGGUGCUUUUCAAACAGUAUCUUCAGGCACAGGGACUACAGUUCCUGCAAAUCGAUUCGUGCCGUUUGGGUGGCGUUAACGAGAUUUUGUCCAUUAUAUUAAUGGCCCAUAAGUUUGGAGUGCCUGUGUGUCCGCACGCGGGAGGCGUAGGUCUGUGCGAAUACGUACAGCACCUGUCAAUGUGGGACUACGUGUCGGUCAGCGGCUCAACCGAUAACCGUAUGAUUGAAUACGUGAGGCAUUUGAGCGAACACUACACAUACCCGGCGUCGGCCACUCGGGGCCGAUAUGUGGCGCCCAAACAUCCCGGCUAUGGCUGCGAAAUGAAAGCGGCGUCCAUUCAAUACUAUGAGUUCCCUAACGGCACGUACUUUACACGCAAUUUUAAUUAUUUCACCAAAUUGGGCAUAAAAGGACCACGACCAUAUUUCUUUGUGGGCACGUUAUGGGGAAACUUUCUACAACCAAAUCCCGUAUUAGAGUUACAACGAUAUCAAAAAUACGGCAAAAUCUAUGGUAUAUUUGAGGGAAACAAAGCCAUAGUACAAGUGGGUGAUCCGGAUCUUAUCAAACAAAUACUGGUCACUGAUUUCCACGUGUUUGCUGGCCGUCGAGGCAUCGGUAAUGUGCGGCACCCGAUCAUGGAUUUGACUCUCGUGGCGGCCAAAGGGGACGACUGGCGACGGAUCCGAUGGAUAGUGAGCCCAACGUUCACCCCCGGGAAGAUGAAGCGCAUGUAUCCGCUGGUGAGACAAUCGUUGGCCACAUUUCUGGACACUUUGGACACGUAUGCGGUCGACAAGCAGGAGAUCAACGCUAAGGACAUGUAUGGCUGUUAUGCUAUGGAUGUGAUCGCGAACUGCGCUUUUGCUACAAAAACCAAUUCAUUAAAAGACCCAAACAAUGCAUUCUUAAUAAACGCCCGGAAAGUGUUUUCGCCGCCCGUAUGGCGAGUAUUGAUCGGCUUUUUAUUGCCGACAAAUGCAUUGAAUUUCCUAAACAUUAGGACAUUGUUUGAGGAAAAGUCGUUGGAUUUCUUCAGCCAAACAAUGCGUGAAAUCAUUAAAAACCGGAAGAAAUCGGAGACAAAAUUCAAUGAUUUUGUGGAACUCCUGAUGAAAGCGAAGGAAAGAAAUGAUGAGAACAGAGAUGAGAGCGAUGGACAUGAAGACCAUUAUAUCAAUGAGGAAGACAACAACAAAAAGAAAGUAUUGGAUAACAAUUUGACAUCAAUUAAGUGCUUAACCGAAGACGAGGUCUUAGCGCAAGGCUUUUCGUUCUUCGCGGCCGGCUUUGAGACCACGUCCUCUACUCUGGCCUUCUGUUCCUAUGAAUUGGCACUCAAUCCAGACGUUCAGCAAAAACUAUACGAAGAAGUGAUGGCUUCGGUGGACACAAACGGAGAGAUUGAUUACGAAGUGUUGACAAAACUGCCGUUUUUGGAUGCAGUCAUUACAGAGACACUGAGACUGCACUCAACAGCGCUUAAACUUACGAGAAAAGCGGCCGAAGACUACCGAUUGGGUGACACCGGGAUUACUAUCCCAAAGGGAGAUAUCGUUGAGAUACCAAUCCAUGCCAUCCAUCACUCG